AUGACCAUGCGUAAACCUUUGGCGCGCGGCAAGAAGCCUCUUGGACGGGAAAACAUGACCUUCGUAUACGUGCUACUCGCGAGCACGGUAGCAUUUGUCUCUGCGCAGAAUGCCACGGUCGUUCCAAAGCGCUUCAUGGUCAAAGUGACAUCGGAGCCGCAAAUCGCGUCGUUCUACAGGAAAGCACAAACAGUCAACGGGACUAGCUUGCAGGGAGUAACUACCCACGUCAACAUCACUUCGGAUGUGUUUUCUGGCUCGUCGUUCACGUUGAGAGACAACGAGGACAUCGAUCUUGAGGAACUAUCUAAGCUUGAUGGUGUCGUCAAGGUCUAUCCGAUCAUGCAGAUAUCCCUCGGGAUCAGUCCAACCUACCGUGGUGAUGAGGCUUUAGCACAUGCUCAAUGGACGUCUCACGCUACUAUGGGUGUGGACAAAUUACAUGCGGAAGGCAUCUUAGGUGAAGGCGCUCUUGUUGGUGUCGUUGAUACGGGCGUGGAUUAUGACCAUCCAGCGCUCGGCGAGGGAUACGGCCCAGGCUACAAGAUUAUAGGUGGUUAUGAUUUUGUCGGCGACGGAGAAUGGCCAUACGGGGACGCGGCGCCUGAUGAUGAUCCUAUGGAUGAUAUUGGUCAUGGAACCCACGUCUCUGGUAUCAUAAUUGGAAACUCUAGCUACUUCGUUGGCGUGGUACCAGAAGCUAAAAUGAUGAUGUACAAAGUUUUCGGAAAAUAUGACAUAACUUAUACCGAUGUCCUCGUUGCCGCUUUCGUUCGCGCCUAUCAGGACGGAGUGCGUCUUUUCGCAUUGGCGGGAAUGGUGGCUUUUCCGACGAACUGUAAGCAGCUUCAAUAUUGUGCUACCAUAUCGCAAUGUGUGAUGCAUUUCGCUAUUGGCUGGCCGGUUGUGGCUUCUCGUCUCGUAGACAAAGGUGUCUUCGUGUCUAUUGCGGCUGGGAACAGCGGAAGUGCUGGGCCUUUCUAUGCUAGCAAUGGUGCCGCUGGAGAGAAUGUUGUCGCCGUCGCUUCUGUCGAGAACUCCAUCCUUGUAGCUGUAGAUGACGUCGGUCAUGCGGUAUAUAAAAUUUCAAUUCCAAUUCUCCACAGCAAGAUUGCAGAGCUCCUCAGUGAGGCAAUCCUCGUCUGGAGCCAAUAA